AUGGGUCAUCAGGAGGUGAUCUUGGUCCCAGUUAGACGAUACGAUUAUGUUGGCACGAGAAUGACAGUGCUAGCAAUCAUCAUUGUCGCCGUCGCCGUUGCUCUUCCCAUUUGGUUCGUAGAUGAUGCUCGAGUCACUUUUGGUCUUUUUGGAUUCACGUGCUACUUCGAAGAUUACCCCUGCCAAGUGGCCGUUCGCGUUUAUGUGAGUUUGUUAGCUGAAUUGUUAAACAGAGUGUUGGUCAUGAGUCACGGUUUUUAAAGGGGUCAAAAUUGGGUCAAAUUUCCGCAUACCGACUUUUCGGGUCAGCGACAGUUCGGGUCAACACAAAAUCGGUCGAUACAAAACGUAGAGCAGUUAAAUACAUGAAAAAAAGUUGCAGGAAGUGCCCUACGAGGCCUGAAAAAACUGUCAGAUUGGUCGACGCUAUGCGAAGGCUCGGCAGAGACUUUGCAAAGACUUGCAAUAUGUCCAUUUUUUCUAAUACUGGCUAUUAUUAUAAUAACGCUAGUUUUCUUUCCUUUUGAGUUACCGUAACAUAUAAAAGACCGAAACAUACCGAACUAAACGUUUCAUUGCGUUAAAAAAUGUUUUUAGAAGAGCCUCGACGACUCAUUCCUCCUGAUCACUCGUGUAUUAAUGUUGAGCUGCCUUUCCGCGGCUUCAAUGGCGGUUGUGAUCUCAAAUUGCGCCUGCACACAAAUGAUAAAAUCGCAGCUGAUGAGUGUGCUAUUGACGCUUGUUAGCGCGCUUUUGGCUAUCGGUGCACUUAUCUACUUUUUUCUUUGCGCUUUCGGAUACGGUAAGUUUUUUUCGGCCAGUACAUUUCGCCCUGCUGAAGAGGAUAAUAUUUUUCCGAAUUUAGUCCAAAAUAUUAAAUGAUAAAUAAAACUGUAUGAAAAACGUUUUUAAUCGUAUAAAAUGUCACACCUCAUCUAUUUUUAGGCUGCGAAAAGACAUGGUUUUUUCUUUUGGAUUUUUUACGUAUCGUUUCAGGUACCUUUCCCGUCUACUUGUAUGACGCCAAUCACAAAGGUGGCCUGGGUUUUAGCUUCUACAUUGCAGCCGUUGGAGCUUUCGGUUUAUUGGCUUCGUCAACCUUUGGUACUGUCAACAUCUGCUGUUUGAGGUGA